GCGAGGCGUUCUUAAAGGAGCCGCGCUUCAUUAUGCGACCCCAUUGCAUAGAAGGCGCUUGCGGAGCGGUGGGUGGCGAUGGCGGAAAAGAUCCUCGUGACGGGGGGAGCCGGCUACAUCGGCAGCCACUGCGUGCUGGAGUUGGUUGAGGCCGGCUAUGCCCCUGUGGUCAUCGACAACUUCCACAAUGCCAUCCGAGGGGAUAAGAUGGUGCCCGAGAGUAUCCAGCGGGUGAUGGAGAUUGUGGGCAAAGAGAUCCCAUUCCAGGAACUGGAUGUUCUCGACGAGGCAGGUCUCCAGGAGCUCUUCAAGAAGCAUCGUUUCUCAGCGGUGAUGCACUUUGCGGGCCUCAAAGCCGUCGGGGAGUCCGUCCAGAUGCCGCUGGAAUAUUACAAGGUGAACCUGACGGGGACCAUCCGGCUGCUGGAGGUCAUGAAAGCCCACGGAGUCAAGAACAUGGUGUUCAGCAGCUCAGCCACGGUGUACGGGGACCCUGCCUACCUGCCCCUUGACGAGAAGCAUCCGGUUGGCGGCUGCACCAACCCCUACGGCAAAUCCAAGUACUUCAUUGAAGAGAUGAUCCAAGACUUGUGCAAGGCCGAACCGGACUGGAACGCUGUUCUCCUGCGGUAUUUCAACCCCAUUGGAGCUCACAAGUCAGGAAGGAUUGGAGAGGACCCUCAGGGUAUCCCAAACAACUUGAUGCCCUACGUUGCUCAGGUGGCCAUAGGGCGCAGAGAGUACCUGAGCGUAUUUGGCAAGGACUAUAAUACAGUGGACGGGACAGGCGUUCGGGAUUACAUCCACGUGGUGGACCUGGCCAAGGGCCACAUCGCAGCCUUGAAGAAGCUCAAGGACAACUGUGGUUGUAAGAUCUACAACCUUGGAACUGGCGCUGGCUACUCGGUCCUGCAGAUGGUUAAAGCCAUGGAGAAGGCAUCCGGAAGAGAGAUAAACUACAAGAUCGUCGCACGCCGGGACGGGGAUGUGGCCUCCUGCUAUGCCAACCCCGGCCUAGCUGAACAGGAGCUAGGCUGGAAAGCGGUCUUCGGCCUGGACAAAAUGUGUGAAGACUUGUGGCGGUGGCAGUCUCAGAACCCCACCGGCUUCAGCAAGAACUAGCAGCUGGGAGAAGUCGUUCAUCCCCUCUGGCGCAAGGACGCUGUGGCACCAGAGCGGUCCCGAGCACCGGUUUGCUUCUCGCUCAGGGAAG